AUGUCGCAAAAUCGGCCUGCAGCCUUCUCGAGUCUGAGGAUGGGAGAGGUGAUUCGCGAAAAGGUCCAGGAUGGAGUUACGGGAGAGACUCGAGAUAUGCAAUAUACACAAUGCAAGAUCGUAGGAAAUGGCUCGUUCGGCGUCGUGUUCCAGACCAAGCUCUCACCUUCGGGCGAGGAUGCUGCCAUCAAGCGCGUGCUCCAGGACAAGCGAUUCAAGAAUCGUGAGCUCCAGAUCAUGCGCAUUGUUCGUCAUCCCAACAUCGUCGAGCUCAAGGCCUUCUACUACUCCAAUGGUGAACGAAAGGACGAGGUCUACCUCAAUCUUGUUCAAGAGUACGUCCCAGAGACUGUGUACCGUGCCUCGAGAUACUUCAACAAGAUGAAGACGACCAUGCCAAUCCUCGAAGUCAAGCUCUAUAUCUAUCAACUCUUCCGCGCCCUCGCCUACAUCCACUCUCAAGGCAUCUGCCAUCGUGAUAUCAAGCCUCAAAACUUGUUACUGGAUCCAAGCACUGGUGUUCUGAAGCUCUGUGACUUCGGCAGCGCAAAGAUAUUGGUGGAGAAUGAGCCAAACGUCUCUUAUAUCUGCUCGAGAUACUACAGAGCCCCAGAGCUGAUUUUCGGUGCUACCAACUAUACCACCAAGAUCGAUGUCUGGUCAACUGGAUGUGUCAUGGCAGAAUUGAUGCUUGGCCAACCACUGUUCCCUGGAGAGUCAGGUAUUGAUCAGCUCGUUGAGAUCAUUAAAGUUCUGGGUACGCCAACGCGCGAUCAAAUCCGUACGAUGAACCCUAAUUACAUGGAGCAUAAAUUCCCGCAAAUCAAGCCGCACCCGUUUAACAAGGUGUUCCGCAAGGCUGAUGCGAAUGCGAUUGAGCUCAUUUCGAGGCUUCUAGAGUAUACUCCCACUGAGCGACUUUCGGCCAUUGAAGCCAUGGUGCACCCUUUCUUUGAUGAGUUGCGAGAUCCAUCAACCAGAUUCCCCGAUUCUCGUCAUCCCAACGGUCCGGUCAAGGAUAUGCCAACGUUGUUCAAUUUCACCCGCCAUGAACUCUCGAUAGCCCCACAGCUCAAUCAUCGGCUGGUUCCGCAACACGUUCGAGCAAACUUGGCGGCUCAAGGUCUGGACAUUGACAAUUUGACGCCCAUGUCGAAGGAUGAGAUGAUGGCGAGACUGGAUUGA